GUGAUAUGGGAAGCAGAGAUUAACAGCUCCAUCUCGCUCGCCGCAUAGCGUGGUUGCUCCGAUCCACGGAACACCACCAACCUCUGUCUAUCGCUUUCUCUGUACCACUUUCCCUUCUCUGUUUCCUUCACUCCACAACCCUUCUUCUUCAUCUUCAUUCCCCCCUUAAGGGUUUCCGAAACAUCAAUUCCUCUAUCCUUCGUAUAAUUUCUUCUCCCUUCCGUUAAUGCCGCCUUAGCUGCCGUCAUAACCUCUAAACCCUUGCCUUUUCUCAUGGCUCUUUUUAUUCCCUCGAACUCUUAACUCUUUAUUGACCCUCCCUCCCUCCUUUCUUACCUACUAAUACAGUAAUUGUAUUAUAUACUGGAACCAUGCCUCGUAAGGUAAACUACGGACUCGAUUACGACGAUGAUUAUGGCGAUGAAUAUGACGACUAUGAUGAUUAUUAUGAAGACUAUGGAGAAGUACCUGAAACAAAGCAAGAGACACCGAGACCUCCUGGGGUUUGGCGAUGCACCAUUUGCACGUAUGACAAUGAUGAGAGUAUGACAUCUUGUGAUAUUUGUGGUGUUAUACGCCGUGACUUUGUUAACACUGGUACAUCCAAUAUUAAACAAACAGUUGAAGACAUAAGCAAAACAUCUGGAGCAUCCAAGUUGGCCAGGUCUCUUUUUGCUUCAUUACCAAAACAGAAUCCAAAAGAGGUUGUAUUACUUCCCAAGCAGGAUGAUGGUUUUCAGACAGAUGCCAGUAACUUCUGCAAGCAUGGGAAUGUUCAAGGAGAAUUUCAUGAAUGUCAUAAGGCUUUUAAUACUAAAAGCCAUUCCCAUUUAAACAUAGCUCCUUUCAAGUUUGAUGUUCCAUCCCCUGAUGAUGUAGUUUAUACUGGUCUACGUUCUUCCAAAACAGCUUCAAAAGACAAAAUUAUGAGUAAUGACCAUUCUGUUCAAUCAAAUGUUGAAAGUUUAGAGAAUUUAACAUCACUAAUGCAAAAGGGUAGGCAGUAUAGGUCAGCUGAGAGCAAACUUUCAAAGAAGCCAGCAGUUCUUCUGGAAACUAGUGAUAAAACUUCAAGUGUGAAUAAGAAAAAUGGUACACUUGAUAUUCGCUCAAGCAAAGGAAAGGCUGGUAGUUCAUCUGCAAUGCCUGAAGUCAAAGGUAUUGAUGCAAUUAAUUUCUCUUCUAUCAAAGAGGGAAAAUCUGAAAGUCUUUCCAGCAGUUUCAACAAAAUAGCUGUGGACGUAAGAUCUGGGAAUUCAGAUAAUACUAACUCAAAGGAAUCUCGUCCACAAGUUUCUUACAAACCUGAAAAAUGGAUGCUACCUCAACAAGCUGAAGAUACGUUGACUCAGCUGAAUCUUGCAAUUGUUGGACAUGUUGAUUCUGGGAAAUCAACACUCUCAGGUAGAUUACUUCACCUAUUGGGACGGAUUUCCCAAAAACAAAUGCACAAAUUUGAAAAGGAGGCCAAAAUACAGGGCAAAGGAUCCUUUGCUUAUGCUUGGGCGCUUGAUGAAAGCUCUGAAGAAAGGGAAAGGGGAAUAACUAUGACAGUGGCUGUUGCUUAUUUUGACACUAAGAAAUAUCAUGUUGUGGUUCUUGACUCCCCCGGGCAUAAAGAUUUUGUGCCAAACAUGAUUUCUGGAGCAACACAGGCUGAUGCUGCAAUUCUUGUCAUAGAUGCUUCACGUGGUUCAUUUGAAGCUGGUAUGGAUGGUGGCAAGGGACAAACUAGGGAGCAUGCACAACUUAUUAGAAGCUUUGGUGUUGACCAGGUUAUAGUUGCAGUGAAUAAGAUGGAUACGGUAGCGUAUGCCAAAGAUCGAUUUGAUUAUAUAAGACAGCAGUUGGGAAUGUUUCUGCGCACUUGUGGUUUCAAAGAUUCUUGUGUGUCAUGGAUUCCUAUGAGUGCAAUGAAAAAUCAAAAUUUGGUCGCAUCCCCUUCUGACGCUAGUUUUAAAAGCUGGUAUAACGGACCAUAUUUGUUAGAUGCAAUCGACUCACUUCCACCACCUACUAGAGAAUACUCGAAACCUCUGCUAAUGCCAAUAUGUGAUGUCAUCAAAUCACCCACACUUGGACAGGUGUCUGCUUGUGGUAAACUGGAAGCAGGAGCUCUUCGGAGUGGAUCAAAGGUCUUAGUUAUGCCUGCAGCCGUCAUGGGAACAGUACGCUCAUUGGAGCGUGACUCUAAUGCCUGCAGUGUUGCAAGGGCCGGAGAUAAUGUAUCUGUAACAUUGCAAGGUGUUGAUGGAAGUAAUGUGAUUGCAGGAGGUGUGUUAUGCCAUCCUGACUUUCCUGUUGCAGUUUCUAAUCAUUUGGAGUUGAAAGUGCUUGUUUUGGAUGGUGCAAGCCCUGUAUUGAUGGGUUCUCAGUUGGAGUUUCAUAUACACCAUGCAAAGGAGCCUGCAAGGGUUUCAAGAAUAUCAUCAAUACUUGAUCCAAAGACUGGUAAGGUGACCAAAAAGUCACCUCGCUGUCUCACUGCAAAGCAAAGUGCAGUAAUUGAGGUAACUUUGCAGGAGCCAGUUUGUGUAGUAGAUGUCUCAAUUUGUAAAGCUCUUGGCAGGGUAUCGCUAAGAUCUUCAGGUAGAACAAUCGCUGUGGGACUUGUGACGAGAAUAAUUGAAGAGCUACACUAGUUGGUGUAGGGUUCUUCGCAUUAUAGCACUCAGCAGCAUACUAAAUACACUGUUCCAAUGACAGGAAACUACGUAUUUGUUUGCCAUCUAAAUCUAGAUUAUGUUAUGCUGGCAGACAACGGGAAACUAUAUAGAAGUUAUGCAAGAAUGGUGAAGUUUUUCAUGCUUUUCACCAGAUAAUGUAUCAUAAUACUUUUCGACUGUGUACAAUAGCAAUCUAAUUAUAAUGAAGUUGGAUGUAUUAGUUUUCAUUCUUA